AUGCUGCCGUUCCGUGUGCGUCGUUCGAUCAGCGCCGAGCAGCUGCCCAAGCAGGCAGUUGAGGCGCCUGAAGGUUCGAAGGAGCACGAUAGAAUCGAGGAACUACCCGGCCUCACGUUCGAUUCGACUUUUGCCCAGUACGCUGGGUAUUUGACGGGUGCAGAUAACGAAAGUUACCUAUACUAUUGGUUGGUGGAAUCGCAGAACGAGCCUGAAGUGGACCCGUUGAUAGUGUGGUUGAGCGGGGGGCCAGGUUGUAGCUCACUGCGGGGACUGAUGGAGGAAAUUGGACCGUUCCGGGCGAGU